CUCUGUUAUUCAUUUUCCAUCGUUGAGCUCAUAUCUCAAGCCGCAGAGCCCCGGUAAAAUAUUACUUUCCGGUUAGGAGGAGUAUCAGUAAAGAUGUAUCUCCAAUUUUACAUUAAUGAAAAUGGGGAUAAAGUUUACACUACUAAGAAGGAAUCACCAUUGGGGUUGGCCACAGAAUCUGCUCAUCCUGCUCGCUUCUCACCUGAUGACAAAUACUCGAGGCAAAGAGUGCUCCUGAAGAAGCGCUUUGGUUUACUUCCUACCCAACAUCCACCUCCCAAGUACUGAGUACCCAAUGUACUCACGUAGGCCUUUUGUAUCGAGAGGAGAAAUGUAGCAUUCCUUUUCAUUUACCCAAGAGUUACCAAAUUAAUCGUUUUACUAUUGGCCUGUAAUUUGUGUUUGCACUCCUUUUGCAAUUUCUAUUGAUAUUAAAUGUUAUGGUGGCUAAUGCUAGAUUCCUUCACCCUUUACUUUUAUCCCAAAAAUAUUUCAUUUUUAUUAAAA